AUGAAAGGAAAAGAAAUGAAAAAAUCCCAUAAAAGUGAAGGCAGCGAGAAAAAAACCGCCUCUUGGCUUCUGGCAAGUGUGUCUGGUAUUAAAAUUGGUUUUUUGGGGAAACAGAGAAUUCUUGUUGGGAUUAUGUUUCUGUUUUUGGUCAGUGUUAGUAUCAACUUAAAAUUCAACAGAGCACUAAGCGUCACGCAAGCUGUUAAAAGUUUGAAGGUGUUCAGAAUUUAA